GAGUCAUCUGACUGUAGGAAGCUGAAGGUGUUCUAUAUAAGCCAAAGGAAAGUGUGACACCCAGCCAUCUCCCACUGAAGGUUUCAAGACGUCAAGACACACAAACAGUAUGAAGCUGUUGAUCAUCGCAGCUGCCUCUCUGGCAGUGGUGAGCUGUGCCAGCCUCUCUCUGGAGGACCUGGAGUUCCACGCAUGGAAACUCAAGUUUGACCGCUCCUAUGGCUCACCUGCUGAGGAAGCCCAGCGCAGAUCCACCUGGAUGGAGAACCGUAAACUGGUGCUGGUCCACAAUAUCCUGGCUGACCAGGGCAUCAAGAGCUACCGCAUGGGCAUGAACCACUUCGCUGACAUGAGCAACCAGGAGUACCGAAACCUUGUGAUCGGCAAGUGCCUGAAGCGCACCAACAGCACCAAGUCUGGCAGCACCUUCCUGGGUCUCAGCCUGAGAGAAAGAGACAUGCCCAAGGAGGUGGACUGGAGGGACAAGGGCUUUGUGACCGAUGUCAAGGACCAGAAGGCUUGUGGCUCAUGCUGGGCCUUCAGCGCGACUGGCUCUCUGGAGGGCCAGACUUUUAAGAAGACAGGAAAGCUGGUGUCUUUGAGCGAGCAGCAGCUGGUCGACUGCUCCGGGGACUAUGGCAACAUGGGCUGUGGCGGCGGUUGGAUGGACCAGGCCUUCCAGUACAUCCAAGCCAAUGGUGGCAUCGACACCGAGGACUCCUACCCCUAUGAGGCUGAGGAUGGGAAGUGCCGCUUCAAGCCAGACAGCGUGGGCGCCACAUGUUCGGGCUACGUGGACAUCACCAGUGGUGACGAGAACGCUCUGCAGGAGGCCGUGGCAACCAUGGGUCCCGUGUCAGUGGCCAUUGAUGCCGGACAUUCCUCCUUCCAGAUGUAUGAGUCAGGAGUCUAUGACGAGGCCGAGUGCAGCAGUGAGGAUCUGGACCAUGGAGUACUGGCUGUGGGCUACGGAUCGGAGAAUGGGAAGGACUACUGGAUCGUCAAGAACAGCUGGGGUCUGUCCUGGGGUGAUAAGGGCUACAUCAAGAUGACCAGGAACAAGAACAACCAGUGCGGCAUCGCCACCGCCUCCAGCUACCCUCUGGUUUGAGGCUGGGGGUCAGAGGUCAGGCCCUGUGGACGCCUGGACCCGCGGAGCUCCGGGGUCCUAUCGUUACACUGGCCUCUUCUUCACACUCCAGAGACACAGGAGCACAGAGCAGAACUAAACCGUUUUAACAAAUUCAUUCAUGUACGCACCAUGUAGCCUAGAGCCCAGACGUCCCUAACACAUUCAUUCAUGUACGCACCAUGUAGCCUAGAGCCCAGACGUCCCUAACACAUUCAUUCAUGUAAGCACCAUGUAGCCUAGAGCCCAGACGUCCCUAACACAUUAAUUCAUGUACGCACCAUGUAGCCUAGAGCCCAGACAUCCCUAACACAUUCAUUCAUGUAAGCACCAUGUAGCCUAGAGCCCAGACAUCCCUUGUUUCCGUAAUUUAUUCUUAAUGGGUGAAAAUAUGCAUUGCAUAGUAAUAGAAGAGAAGUCUGAUAAUGACACUUUAUUAAUGAUGACAUAACACAUUAACAAACAAAAAAUGUCUUUACCUUAGGAUUUUGUGAUCUUGUUAGAAGAUUAUGAGACUGUAUAGCGACUGUUUUUCUGUUUUGUGGCUGUGUGGAUGAGAGAAAACGUAACCAACUGUAAAAAUACAUACAAAAUAAAAUGAACCUAAACACUA